CGCGGUCCGACCGGCGAUGGGGGAGGCUGGUCCGGGUCCGGGGUCUGGGCCUGACCCCAGAGAUACGCCGGAGCCGGAGGAGGACGAGGCGGCGGCGCCGGGCGGUGUGCGGGGGGGACGGGCCGGGCCCCGCGGCGGCAUCCGGGUGCUGAAGAGAAAUGUGAAGCGCAACGGGAGCAGGAGCUGCCUGAACAGGAGUCGGUUUGGUUCUCGUGAGAGGGACUGGCUGAAAGAGGACGUGGGACGAGGCUGCGUGUAUGUUUAUGGGAGAGAUUCUGCAGCUGCUGCCUCUUCAGACCUGCGCCUGGUCCUCUGCAGGGUGGACACCCCGGCGUCUGAGAUCUGUGAUGGAGAAGGGAGGAAGAACCUCUAUGUGCAACUUCAUGGAGACCUGGUCAGGAGGCUGGAGCCCACAGAAAAACCCCUUCAGCUUGUGUAUGACUACUUGGCUGGGUUGGGUUUUGAUGACCCCGUUAGGAUGCAGGAGGAGGCAGCAAACUCUGAUCUCAGCUGUAUGAUUCGCUUUUACAGUGAAAAACCUUGUCAGGUGGAGCAGUUAGAUCGCAUCCUGCUCUCUGGAGUCUACAGUGUCCGCAAAGGAAAGACUCAGUUGCACAAGUGGGCAGAGCGCUUGGUAAUUCUCUGUGGUACAUGCCUCAUUGUGUCCUCUGUGAAAGACAGCCACACAGGGAAGAUGCACAUCUUACCUCUUGUUGGAGGGAAGGUGGAAGAGAUGAAACGUCGGCAGUACACACUUGCUUUCACAUCUGCAGGAGCACAAGCUCAAACAUACCACGUUUCCUUUGAAACACUGGCUGAGUGUCAGCGGUGGCACCGACAGGCGUCCACGGUUGUGUCAAUGCGACUUAGCAUGGUUGAUCUUUCAUGCUACAGCCUUGAGGAACUACCAGAGCACCUCUUCUACAGUCAAGACAUCAUCUACCUCAACCUACGACACAAUUUCAUGAGAUCAAGUGGAGCAGGGAGUCUUGACUCUCUUUACAGGUUUUCUCAGUUGAAGAGCCUGAACCUGUCUCGUAACAGACUGGGAGAGUUCCCUGUGUCAUUGUGUGAGAUCUCUACUCUGACAGAGCUUAAUAUUUCCUGUAAUGGACUUCAUCACUUGCCAAGCCAGAUUGGGAAACUGCUGAAUCUCCAAACCUUCUGGCUUGAUGGGAAUUUCCUCACAUCCUUACCAGAAGAACUGGGAAGUCUGCAACAGCUCAGUUGUCUUGGGCUUUCCUUCAAUAACUUCAGUGAAUUGCCAGCAAUUUGUGAGAAACUUGUCCUAUUAGACAAAUUAGCCCUAGCAGGGAACUUGCUGGAGACCUUGGACCUUGCAGUGCUGAACCGUAUGAGUCACAUCAAAAGUGUGGACCUGAGGCUGAACAACCUGAAGAGAGCAUCAGCUGACACUCUGGAAGGGAACAAAUCUGUGACUUACAUGGACUUACGAGACAAUCAGAUGACAGAUCUGGAUCUGAGCUCGCUGGGUAGCCUGGAGCAGCUGCACUGUGAGCGGAAUAAGCUGACAGAGUUGACGUUGAGUGGCUUCUCUCUUCGGGCCCUCUAUGCCAACAGCAACUGUUUGACAACUGUCAAUAUUUAUCCUGUUCCUGGUCACUUGACGUGUCUAAAACUCUCUCACAAUCAACUGCAGUAUGUCCCUGACUGGGCCUGUGAAGCAAAGAAACUGGAAGUUUUGGAUGUGAGCUACAACCUCCUUGUGGAACUUCCAUCGAGGAUCCUCAGCAGCUUGAGCCUUCGGAAGCUGAUGACUGGGCACAAUCGCCUGCAGAGCCUUCCGCCUCUGCUUGAACACAUUCCACUGGAGGUGCUGGAUAUUCAGCACAACCUAUUGACUAAACUCCCAGAGAUGCUCUUUGUCAAGGCUCUGAACCUCAGGUACCUGAAUGCAUCUGCAAACAGCCUGGAGUCCUUGCCCUCUGCAUGUACAGGAGAGGAGAGUCUGAGCAUGCUGCAGCUACUUUACUUGACCAAUAAUAACCUCACAGAUGAAAGCAUCCCUGUCCUGGUGGGACACCCAAGCCUACGGAUCCUACAUCUGGCAAACAACAACCUACAGACUUUCCCUGCAAGCAAACUCAGUAAGCUGGAGCACUUGGAAGAGCUGAAUCUGAGUGGUAACAAACUGAAAACAAUUCCCACAACAGUGGCAAACUGCAAGCUACUUCAUACACUUAUUGCACACUCUAAUGAAAUUAGCAUCUUUCCAGAGAUCCUGCAUUUGCCCCGUAUUCAGUUUGUGGACUUGAGCUGCAAUGAGUUAACUGAAAUCCUAAUCCCUGAGGCAUUGCCAGUUGCCUUGCAAGAGCUGGACCUAAGUGGAAACACAAACCUGGUGCUAGAACACAAGAUGCUGGACAUCUUCAGUCACAUUACCACACUGAAGAUUGAUGCUAAGCCAUCUGUCACAGCAGACUCAGCACUAAAUUCUGCCUUCUGGAGUCAUGGAGCAGCUGAGAUGGCAGGCCAAAGAAAUAAGCUGUGUGUGUCAUCCCUGGCACUGGGGAGCUUUGCAGAGGGGGUGGAGGCUGUGUAUGGCAUGUUUGAUGGUGACAAGAAUGAGGAGCUGCCACGCUUGCUGCAGUGCACUAUGGCUGAUGUGCUGCUGGAGGAGGUACAGCAGUCAGACACCAUGUUCAUGUCCAACACCUUCUUGGUCUCCCACAGGAAGCUGGGCAUGGCUGGGCAGAAGCUGGGUUCCUCUGCUGUCCUUUGCUAUAUUCGUCACGAUGUGGCUGAUCCAGCCAGCAGCUUUUCUCUGGUAGUGGCCAAUGUGGGGACGUGCCAAGCUAUUCUGUGCCGAAAUGGAAAACCACUGCCUCUCUCCAAAGUCUUCAGCCUUGAACAAUGUCCAGAGGAAGCCAAGAGAGUCAAGGAGCAGAAAGCCAUUAUAACAGAGGACAAUAAGGUCAAUGGUGUGACUUGCUGUACUCGAAUGCUGGGCUGCACAUACUUGCAUCCUUGGAUCCUGCCCAAGCCCCAUGUCAGUUCCAUUUCACUGACUGUACAAGAUGAGCUGCUGCUUCUGGGCAACAAAGCUCUCUGGGAACACCUUUCCUACACAGAGGCUGUGUCAGCUGUGCGACACCUACAUGACCCACUAGCUGCUGCAAAGAAACUCUGCACUUUAGCCCAAAGCUAUGGUUGCCAAGACAAUGUAGGUGUAAUGGUGGUGUGUCUGAACAUCAGUGAGGACAGCUGCACAUGUGAGAUGCAUGGCCUUACUCUGCCAGGUCCUGGGGGAUUUAGUACCACCACCACCAAGCCAGCAACACCUUCGUCUAGCAGUGGAAUUGCUUCAGAGUUCAGCAGUGAACUGUCUGCUUCUGAGGUUAGCAGUGAGGUGGGCUCCACUGCCUCUGAUGAGCACAAUGCUGUUGGUCUUGAUGGCAGCCUGCUGCCACGACAAGAGCGACGUUGCAGCCUACAUCCUAUGCCCCCCUCAAGCAUCUUCCAGCGCCAACCUUCCAGUGCUACCUUCUCUAGCAACCAGUCUGACAAUGGCUUAGAUAGCGAUGAUGAGCAGCCUGUGGAAGGUGUGAUGACAAAUGGCAGUAAAGUAGAGGUAGAGGUGGACAUCCACUGCUGUAAAGGAAAGGGCCUGGAGUUUGAACCUCCUGCUGCAGAGUGCAGUUCCUCUGCUCCGGGGCCAGAGGAUGACUCUGGAUUUGUCCUCAUCAUUCGGAGACAGAACAGUGUAAACAGCAACUCUGUGCAGAAAGGGGUCAAGGAAAAGUGUGAACUGCAAAAAUCUCUUUCCACUUGCUGUCUCUAUGGAAAGAAGCUUUCCAAUGGCUCUAUAGUGCCCUUGGAGGAGAGCCUCAACCUCAUUGAAGUAGCCACAGAGGCACCCAAGAAGAAGACAGGCUAUUUUGCUGCUCCGUCCCAGGUGGAGCCAGAGGAUCAAUUUGUGGUGCCACCUGAUCUGGAGGAGGAAGUGAAGGAACAAAUGAAACAGCACCAGGAAAACGGAGCAGAUCAUGAAAAGAAAGAGGAACAUGAGGCAGCUCUGCCAGAGGAGUUUGACACAGCUUUGUAACCCUACAAGUACUGCUCCCACAUGGUGUGUUCCAGGAAGCUCUGUCUCAUAAGUGCUAUCUUGCCCUCCAAGGGGAGCUGCGAUCUGCAAGUAGUACAGGCAUCUGCUGCUUCAUUCAUGGAGUUGAGGAGAAUUGGGAAUACUAAGGUCUGGGCUGUCCCUUUUUCUCUGUAGAGGCUCAGUUGUUCUGUGAGCACUCAGACCAGCAGCUGAGCUCUGUGUUAGGGUCUGUUUGGAAAUUGUACCAGCACUAGGAAUGAGGUGUUCUAACACCUGCCUGUAACUCCUUGAACCCUGAGGUUCUGCCAGCUCUGCAGGGAAGAGGCUGGCAUAUGUGGGGGGUGAAGGGGUGAGGAGGCUGCUGAUGAGGCAGUGUUCAGCAUUCAGAGUCCUGCAGAUAUUUUCUGGUGCAGCCACUGCCCAGUGCCUCACUUUGUUAUUCCUUGAAAGAGUACAGCCAGCUGCAAUGAAGCUGAUCCAAGAAUGGUUUCCUACAUAAUUGCAAGCACUUUUAUUGAUUGCACUUAAGCCGUUCUGCUCCCCUUUAGCCCAGCACUUUAUUAUUUAGGGCUAGGGGAGAGAGCACUCCACAGCAGGUGUGGUGGGGCUUUUUCCAGUGGAUUUUGUUAGAGCCAUGGAGGACUCAGGGAACCAGUGCUCUGAUGAGCACUGGUGUAGGGCAGAGUGAGGGUUAUGAUGGGAUCAGCCAAUGCAGGAUGAGAAUAUACACAACUGAGUAAUAAGCAGGUGCCUACCAAUGCGUUUUACAGGGAGCACAGGAAAGAUAGCCCUGAACUGGUUGAUUAGGUAAUGUGUAGAGCUAAGGCUUCUAGCUACAGAACACAGGCCCAGCUCAGUAGCAACCUGGUCACCUCUACUCUGCUUCACAGUAGACACUUUCUGUAUCCAGAAGAGAUGGCAUGAAACCUGGAGUUGAUGUGAGGUCCAGUGAGGUACUUGGUGAGGUGAGCAGUGGUGUGUUGCUCUGAGGCUGCCCAUCAGGUGCUGGGGAGGUAUUCAGUGCUCUGUUCGCCAGCACAGACCUCUGCACUGUCACCUACAGCAUCUCUGCUUGCCUCUGAAAACAGGAGUCAUUCCAGAUCCACAACAACCUGUGUUUCAUGGUACAUGCCCAAUUUGGCCACAAACAAAGUAAAAACAUGUUACUGCUUAGCUUUCAAUUCAAAAACAAAAAAAUAGAGGUUUUCACCUUAAUAACAUCUUUAUCAGUCCUGCCCAUAACAGUGAUUUCGCCAGUCCGCACACAGCAGAUGCAUUGUGUUUCCAUGAGGAUUUUUGGUGCAAGGUGCAAGCUAGCUGGCUAUGUCCUCUCCUUGAGUGAGCAUUGUGGAAAGACCAUCUCCCCUAUAGCAUGCAGAUCUGUCUUCCCUAGCUGGCAGAGAACUGGACAGUUGUCUCAGUGGUGCAAUAAUCCUGACUGUAAUGUGGGCUUGUGCCUUUAUUAAUUAUAUUUAUGAGGAAAACUUGAAAAUUUCUUCUCAAGAGCUCCAAGAGGCUUGAGUUGUAUAUUUUUUUAUCAAAUUCUGGCCUUGCUCAGAGGGAACUACUGUUCAGACAACUUGCGGAAUUUUGUCAGUAUAGAUCUUCUGACAAAAUCUAAUAGAGUUUUACUGAGAUUUCAAACCACCUUGAAUUUCUUCUCACUAAGAAAAAAAAUGGUUUUAUUAUAUGAGAAUGCAACAUUUUAGCAUAUAUCUUGUGCUAGUUACAGUGUAAUCAUGAAACAAACCAACUCUUUCCAAAGUUUAAAUUCUUACAAAUUUUGUCUGUUUAAAUGCCUAUUUCAUUUGGAAAUUGAGAGAAAAGUUAAUUCUUAGAAUCACAGAAAUAGCAGCAUUUGAAUCCCUUAGGCAGAGAAACAACAGGAGAAGAGAUAAAAAAACAAAACCCCAAACCUCUUUCAUGUUCUCUUCCUGUAAGUAUGCAGAAAAUACUCAACCCAGUGUAUUUGACUGUAAUUCUUAGUUCUGUCGCUGGUGAUAAUUUUACUAAAUACCUGUGCCCAGACCAACACCUUCUGAUGCUUGACAGGGCUGCUAAGCAGCCCCUGUUAAGUGUGGGACUGAUGAAGAAACACUUUUCUUUCUGAAUAAGACUGUGACAAACCUUGCACUAGGAGAGUGGCAGAUGUUACUGCAAAUAAGGUCUCUAUUUCUUGCACUGAUGUGGAAAAUACAGCAUGUCCUUGCUAGUCCAAACCAGUAGCAUUGCAUCUGGAGUUGGUCAUGAAUAGUUAUACCUAGCUCAGUGGGGAAGGACUGAGUAAAUAAAGCUCUACAAAGGAGCAUGCGGAUUUCUGAGCUGCUGCUCUUCAGGGUUGUGGCAGAAUGGAAUGCAAAGAAUUCCUACUUAGCCUUUUUCUCCAGUGCCAUUUCUGGUUUUGAAGCAAAAAGAGAGUGUAAUACAGACAGGUCCUAUUUUCCGUGGGUGUGAAUUGUUUUGGCAGAACAUGGGAUGUUCUGUUACACUAGGUAGAGCCCACAGCAAUCUCUGCUUAAGCUAAUACUACAAUCUGUCUUAUUCUGGGAAGCACAGCCUGAGUGCACCACCUUUUGUUUUCCUGCUUCCCUAGAGGCAGCAAGCUUCUUCUCUGUCUUCCUAAUCUUACUUAUUAACAUCAGGUUAGAUUUCAAACUCCUUAGGAGUACUACUCUUAAGUGGAAGUGGUAUGAACUGGCAAGUCUAGUGAAGGGCUUGUAGCAGGGGAUAGAUAGAAAGUGUGUUCUUAGUUCUUUUGUUCUCUUCAAUAUCUUCCCUGUUUUUUUAUGUGGUUCUGGCAGAGAUAUGUCAUCUCCACAGAGCCAAAUCACUAUAAAUGUCCCAUUUGGUUAUAGACUUGCUAUUGGAAAGAGCUUGGGGUGAUGAGACUCUUGUCCCUGCUGAGCAAUGCCAAAUCUGCCAUGACCAUGUGGCCACAGUCACAUUUGGCUGGUGAGUUAGUUUGUCCAUCUCUUCAGUAAUUCUGGCUCUGCUGAUGAGCAUGCUCCUCAACAGGUACUCUCUACUCUAGGUCUCACUCUAAAACAGUGACCUAUCUGCCCUGUCCUGUCCAGAAAGGCUUCUGCAAAAGGAACCCAUGAAGGUUAUAUAAUCAGUGACAAGGAGUUGGGGCCCCAGUAUUACGGGAUCACCUCCAAAUUGCUCCCAGCACCAGAACAGGCCUGGUGGAGGUAGCACCACAGAUUUCUGGAACGUGAUCAGAAUCCUCAACUAGAUGGGAGGGUAAAAUCCUGUCCCAAGAAGAAACAAGUAUUUAGUUUUCUUGGUGACAGGCUGCUGUGAAAUCCUUCUCCUAGUAUACAGGACAUUCAGCCACACCUGAGGCCCUUGGACAUCAGGAGUUUCUACACUCCUUCUGGAUGGCGAUGGCUUUUCUGUCAAUUGCCAAAGGCUUUCUUCAGGCAGUACGUUCAUCUCUUUGGUUUUGUGCAAUCGUCUGCUGUUCUGUUGCUGUCUGAAGACUGAAGUGUAUUUUUUCCUCUUUUUUUCACAUUUAAACUGUUACCCUUUUUUUAACUUGAGCCAGCGCAUGGUAAGGAAAUACUGCAGUGCACCAAGUGUUUAUUAGUAAUCCUUUUUCAUGUUUUUUGUUUUAAAAAGGAGACUAUUUUCUGUAUCCCACUCUAGCAUGCACCUAUAAUCCUGUUUUUAUUGUGUAUGGGAAUAGGUUGUCCUAUGAAUGCACCUUCAGCACUGCAGCCUAUGUUUGUAUUGCUUUGGAAAGGAAAUAACAUAAGAUUGCUGGAAAACACUAUUCCAUUCAAAUGUAUAGAGCAAUCCGGGAAGAAUAUUUUUGCAUCAACUUUUCAGCUGACAUAGCAAUAAAGAUUUCUACUUUCAUCUAA